AUGAAUAUAUAUGGAUGUGCCACACCGGGAAUUUCUUCUAGUGCUCAUUCUACAGAUUUUAUUGAAAUUAGAUAUGAAGGAAAACGAGUUAGUUCUAGUGGAGAUUUCACGAAAAAUUCCCGUGCUAGGAUCCAAGUGAUAGGAGAGCGCAUAUUUGUUUCUGUGUUAGAUUUAUUUGAAGGAGCUUUUUACCGGGUUUAUCGAAUAAGUGAGAUUACUAUACCUUUACGAAUUUCCUCGCGCCAAGUUAUUGAAGAUUUUUUAAGAAGUACUAGAUCUGAGAGCACUAAUUGA